CCCGAACGAAAAGCGAAAAACAUCCUCUUGAAACAUUGGUCAAGCCCCAAUGGCUUGGUAAUUCCGGCAUUGUGGAACACUGAGAAUUCGACGAGGACCGUUAUACGCGUAAUCCGACGGCUGCCUGACGCGGCUAUACAUUUAAUUCGUCUGCCGGUGUCCGCGCCAGACAGGAAUUUCCAUUGUUUAACCGGGAUCGCAGCAUAAUAGGCCUCAAUUGCAGGUGCCUCGCUGCUGGAAUGGCACUUUUGAGACGUCCCGAUCGCAUGGGGUGGAAAAGCGGGAAUCGCAAACCGAUGGCGCGGACUCGCCGAAAAAGCAAAACCAGGACCUUCUUCGGGAAAUUGGGCCGGUUUUUCGGGUACCUGAACAAAAGCUGGCUGGUGCAAACCAACGAGUUCUUCAGGAAUUCGUCGCUACAUGGCGUCCGAUACAUCGCAGAGUACGACCGGCCCCUGUACGAAAGGGCCCUUUGGUUAGUCUGCGUGACAGCCGGUACCAUAGCCACAUUGGUCAUCAUAUUUAACUUGUGGGACAAGUUUCAAACGAACCCGACCAUUACCGGUCUGGAUACCGAUUUCCACACGUGGGCAGUGCCUUUCCCGGCCGUCAUCCUGUGCCAGGAAUAUCCGGCCGACGCCGAAAGGAUCGCGAAAGUUUUGAGAGCACUUAACUCCAGCUCGGAAGGUUCGAAAGAGAUCCUCUUUUACGAAGAUCUGACCCGAUUAAAGUUGAAUUCGAUCCCAGAGUUCGUAGCAAAGUAUGCCGCCGAUCGGCUGAAGCUUUUUCAAGCUUCGCAGCUCCGAGAGAUAAUAUUACAAAUGAUGAACCCCUGCGAGGAAGUGUUCGGCAGGUGUGGAUUUAAAUCGCUUGAAAUCAAUUGCUGCGAAGCGUUUUUCCCGGUGCUCACGGAAAGCGGUUUUUGCCACGCAUUCAACUCGAGGCACUACGAGACACGAUGGAACGGCAGGAAAGCGCCGGACUUUCGGAUGCAGUAUAUCAAGGAAACGGAUCUCAAAUGGUCCCUGGACUUUACCGUUACCGACCAGGAUACAGUGGCGUCGAUUUACAUCAUAAACUCCGACGAGAUGCUAAGCGCCGACGUUCAGCCGCAACUCGUCUGGGACUUCAAAGUGAACAAGAUAUUUUUCUCGGUCAAGCAGACUUACACGACAGCCGACACGAGGCAGCUGUCCGUCAAACAGAGGCGGUGCGUGUUUGAAGACGAGAUCAAACUCGAAGUCGACGAGAUUUACACGUACACGGCGUGCGCGAUCCAGUGCCGGCUGGAAAACGUCAGGGACGCGUGCGCCUGCGUCCCGCAUUUCUAUCCCGACUACGGGAACGCCCCCCGCUGUCGACCGCAUCAGUUGCGAUGCGUCGCGACGCACAUCGCGCAAAUAGAAAAUAUCGACAGGUGCAACUGUCAGCUCGGCUGUGCCAACACCGUCUACGAGGUCGAGAAGUUAACUACUGCGCCGGAAGGCGAUUGGAGAAAUACGACAGGCGAGCGCUUCAAAAUGGAGGUCGAAUUCGCUUCAUGGCCGAUGGUCAGGUAUAAACGCGAAGUUCUUUUCGGAUGGGUGGAUUUGUUAGUGUCCUUCGGGGGAAUCGCCGGUCUGUUUUUGGGAUUCAGUCUCCUGUCCGGGGUGGAAAUCUUCUACUAUUUCACUGUACGUACGGUCGUAGCGGCUUUCCUGGAAAGGAAGUAUCUUGAUCAAGACAUCGCGCGAUGGCGUCGACGCGACAAGUCCCUCAAAGCAAGUACCAAGGUGUUAGAGAGCGGCUUGGAUAUAAUGACCAGACGGUACAGGAAAGCUAAAAACCGUCCGUUUCAGAAAAUCAAGCCGAAAGUAUAUCCGAACGGAUGGACAGUCGCCACCGUCUUGAAGCCUCCAUUCGACAUAGAAUUUCAACACUAGCGAAGUCUAGAUGGUUACUGACGUGUUAGCGGACAGAUUUUUUUUUAAUAGAAUACCGAAAUCACAAAGAAAUUCCGGGAAAAGGAUUUUUUUCUUUAGUGCGAUUUGUACUUUUUUUUCUAAGAGAACAAAAUCCAAAACGUAUAUAAAGGAUGUUUAUUAUUAUUAUAAUGUAAUAACAUAAUAAUAAAUAUUUAUUAUGUCAGUGUUACGGCACUGCUACAAUUUCAAAACACAAUGACAUUUUCAUUCGUUUAUG